GCCCCGCAGCCCCGGCGCGGGGAGCGCCGCCGCCCCUCGCUGAGCCCCGCCGGAGCUGCUGGUCGCGAGUGGGGCGCCCACACGGGGCGCGGCGCGCCCGGGGUAGCGAGGCGAAGCCCGGCCCCGCAGCCUCGGGUCUUGUGUUGUGGGUUUUGGGUUUGUUUUUCUUUUUAUAAUUUGUUCCGGAGGAUGGAUACGUUUCUUCUCGCCUGGGGAUUUCUAGGGCUGUGCUUGCCCGGCUCCGGAGGCACGGCGGAGACAGCUCAGCCGUGUGGGGGCCGCCUGAACUCCAAGGAUGCCGGGUACAUCACCUCACCAGGGUACCCCAAUGACUACCCCUCCCACCAGAACUGUGAAUGGGUCAUCUACGCCCCUGAACCCAACCAGAAGAUUAUCCUCAACUUCAACCCUCACUUUGAAAUUGAAAAACAUGACUGCAAGUACGACUACAUCGAGAUCCGUGAUGGGGACAGUGAAGCAGCAGACCUGCUGGGCAAGCACUGUGGGAACAUUGCACCUCCUACCAUCAUCUCUUCUGGCCCCUCUCUCUAUAUCAAGUUCACCUCAGACUACGCACGGCAAGGUGCCGGCUUCUCUCUGCGCUAUGAGAUCUACAAGACGGGCUCUGAGGACUGCUCCAGAAACUUCACUGCCCCCAACGGCACUAUUGAGUCUCCAGGUUUCCCUGACAAAUAUCCACACAACCUGGACUGCAUCUUCACCAUCAUAGCCAAGCCAAAGACAGAAAUCCUCCUCCACUUUGUGCUUUUUGACCUCGAGCAUGACCCACUGCAGUCAGGGGAAGGAGACUGCAAGUAUGACUGGCUAGACAUCUGGGAUGGCAUCCCUCAGGUUGGCCCCUUGAUAGGCAGGUAUUGUGGUGCUAAGAUGCCAUCAGACAUCCGCUCAACCACCGGCGUCCUCUCUCUCACCUUCCACACGGACCUGGCAGUGGCUAAGGACGGCUUCUCUGCUCAGUACUACUUGAUCCACCAGGAAGUCCCAGAAAACUUUCAGUGCAAUGUGCCUCUGGGGAUGGAGUCUGGCAGGAUCUCCAACAUGCAGAUCAGUGCCUCCUCCACCUACUCAGAUGGGCGAUGGACCCCUCAGCAGAGCCGGCUCAACAGUGAUGACAACGGCUGGACCCCCAAUGUAGACAGCAACAAAGAAUACCUCCAGGUGGACCUCCACUUCCUGACUGUGCUCACAGCCAUUGCCACACAGGGUGCCAUCUCGAGAGAAACCCAGAAGGGCUACUACGUCCGUACCUACAAGCUGGAGGUCAGCACCAAUGGGGAGGACUGGAUGAUGUACCGACACGGGAAAAACCACAAGACAUUUCAGGCCAAUGAGGAUGCCACAGAGGUUGUUCUCAACAAGAUCCACAGCCCAGUGCUCACACGCUUCGUGCGCAUCCGUCCCCAGACGUGGCACAACGGCAUCGCCCUGAGGCUGGAGCUGUACGGCUGCCGCAUCACUGAUUCACCCUGCUCCAACUUGCUGGGAAUGCUUUCUGGCCUCAUUCCUGACUCCCAGAUCUCAGCCUCUUCCAUCAGAGGCUAUGACUGGUCUCCCAGCAUGGCCCGCCUGGUGAGCAGCCGCUCGGGCUGGUUUCCCCGUGUGCCCCAGGCCCAGCCUGGGGAGGAGUGGCUGCAGGUGGACCUUGGCGUCCCGAAGAACAUCAAAGGCGUCAUCAUUCAGGGGGCCCGGGGAGGGGACAGUGUGAGCACCACCGAGUCCCGUUCCUUUGUGAAGAAGUUUAAGGUGGCCUACAGCAUGAAUGGAAAGGACUGGGACUUCAUCCAGGACCCCAAAACAAUGCAAGCCAAGCUUUUUGAAGGCAACAUCCACUACGACAUCCCUGAGGUGCGGAGGUUCGACCCUGUUCCUGCCCAGUACAUCCGAGUGCACCCGGAGAGGUGGUCCCCAGCAGGGAUAGGAAUGCGCCUGGAGGUGCUGGGCUGUGACUGGACAGAUGUCAGGCCCACUGCAGAGACGCUGGUGCCCACUUUGAAGGGUGAAGAGACCACCACUCCCUACCCAACUGAUGCAGAAGCAACCGACUGUGGUGAGAGCUGUGGAGAAGAGGAGGAUUUCCAACUCCCUGCGAACUUCAACUGCAACUUUGAUCUUCCUGAAGACCUUUGUGGUUGGUCACACGACUUGGCAACUGGUUACACAUGGUCUUUUCAGCCUACAGGCACCUGGACUGGCAACUCUGAAGCAAGCCCUGAUGCUGUGCCUGGUGUCAAGAAUUACCUGCAACUGCAAAGCAGCGGGAGGCGGGAAGGCCAGCGAGCUCGGCUCAUCAGCCCCACCAUCUACUUGCCCCAGAGUGCUGUCUGCAUGGUUUUCCAGUACCAGGCGUGGGGCAGCAACGGGGUGAUGCUGCGGGUGUGGCGGGAAGCCAGCCAGGAGCACAAGGCUCUGUGGGUCAUCACCGAGGACCAGGGGGAGGAGUGGAGGGAAGGCCGCAUCAUUUUGCCAAGCUACGACACAGAGUACCGGAUCGUGUUUGAGGGGUUUAUCCGCAGUGGCCACUCGGGAGAGCUGGCCCUGGAUGACAUCCGGCUGGGCACCGACAUCCCGCUGGAGAACUGCAUGGAACCCAUCACAGCUUUCCCAGGUGAGAACUCCUACUUUCCAGGGGCAACCCUCCUGCCAGGGACCGAGCCCACAGUGGACACGGUGUCAGUGCAGCCCAUCCCAGCCUACUGGUAUUACGUUAUUGCCGCCGGAGGUGCUGUUGUGGUGCUGGUCUCCGUCGCGCUGGCCCUUGUGCUCCACUACCACCGGUUCCGCUAUGCGGCCAAGAAGAGUGAUCACUCCAUCACCUACAAAACCUCCCACUAUGCCAACGGGGCCCCUGUGGCCGUGGAGCCCACCCUAACCAUAAAACUAGAGCAAGACCCCAGCUUGCGCUGCUGAGAGCCGAACAGGAACGAGAAAGCAAACAAAACACAAAACAGACAGACAGACAAAAACUAAGACUUCAAAUACGUUGCCUCAGUUUUGCACUUUUUUCCUUACCUAGCAUACGUGUGAACUCUUAGAUAUCUCCAUCCCUUCUCCGUCCCCCAGCCCCCCCCGAAUCUUUUACAAACUCUAAACUAAUGCUGCAUCUUGGAUCGCCAGAAGAGACACACCACCCCUUCACUUCAGAAGUGAACGCUCCCUUUCUAUUACUUUUCAAGGAUACUUGGGGUGUCAGGUGGGGGGUUAUUUUCUUUUGUUGUGUUUGUUUGGGGAGUAAUUUUUUUUUUUUUUAAUUGAUCGGCUUCUUUGGGUUUUGGGGUUUUUUUCUCCUCCCAGUAGGCAACCUGCAAGGGAACCCGAUGGUGAGCCUGGAAGCUUGUGUGUGAGGCUCAAGUGCAUGUGUGCUAAACCUGCGUGCGUGAGUGUGCAUGGGACUGCGUGUGUCUGACUGACUGAAUGUAUAUUUAGAAACAGCCCCUUUUUAAUUUGCUUGUUGUUGCUUCUACUUGCACAGGGAAUGCUUUUAUUUUUGUUUUUUGUUGUUGUUGUUGUUAAUUUUCCUUCCUUCCCACCUCCUCUCUGGAAGGUCUGGGACAUGUUUAUGCUGAAUGCCCUGAUUUGUUUACUUGGGGAAGAGAGCAAUGCUUUUUUGUUGCCUUAUCUAGCUUUGGCUGGGUUUCUUGUUUGAUAGUGUUAAUGUCUUGGGUGCAAAUUGAGAAGAGGCCAGGCUGGACACUAGGAAUGUCCACCUCAGAUGGCUAGAAGAAUCCAGAGAGAUCCUUAGAUGUUUAAAAAGUAAGAUCUCUCCGUUUUGUUCUUUCUGCAGCCAACAUGAUAACACAGCCAUUGUUUGGAAGAGGGAGGGGAAGCCCUCCUCUUCCCCCACCUGCAAGUGAAUCUAUUUAAAGUUGCCUUAUAUCAGAGAAGCUCAUAAUGAAUGUUUUGUUUGUA